GUUUGUUUGUUUGUUUUGUUUUGUUUUGUUUGUUUGGGUUUUUUUCUUUUUCCCCCCCCUGCUCCAGCUGGUUCUUUACUACACAAGCUCUCUUUUACUAAUCCAUUUGGUUUUGGGUAGCCAGGCAGCCAAGUGCCAUGCUAAAAUUUACAGUGUACAGUCCAGCCAAGCAACCCUUCAUUCUCGAUGUGUGGUCUCCUGUCCAUUAGUUAGGUUUUUGGCAGGAAUUUCUGAUGUACAAACAUUCCUUUAGGGGACUUGUUCACACCAGCUGCAGUAUGCCCCUAUUUCUGGAAACCUUGAAGCAGCCCAGUAUGAUCAGGUGGUCAUGUUUUCCUAGGACAAACAAAUCUGUUCAGACUUUGUCCCAUGGAAUUUCAGGUUGUUUGUACUGUAAUCAGAGGUCCUGUCUGCUGGACAUUUCUGUCCUCAUAGCAGGUUCUGACCACACCUACCUCCAUCCCUCAUUAGAGCUUGACUAGAACUCAGGAGAGGAAUUGAAGUCAAGCCUCCACCUUAUCCUUUGUAACUCCCUUCUAGAAUUUUUUGACCUUUUAUGAAAAGCUAGCAUUAACGUUUGAAAAUAUCCAGGCUACCGAGGUAAAUUUCAGUAUUCAUUAUAGCCCAUCUCAGGUCAUUUUAUCCCUCUCAUCUCCCAAGCCUGGCAGGCAAGCUUUCUUCACCUUCACAUUGUGUUAGGACAAAGCAGCAGCAAGUGAUGCAGUUGUGGGUCAGCGAGUGGAACACUUGCAGUUACAGUACAACACUGAUGAUACUUUACCUGGGACAGAGUACUGAAAGUAGAGACUAGAUCCUUAAAUAAAUCCAAGUGCUUAUACACUGACAUCUCUAAUUACACGGCAUAAGCUUAGAGGUUUCUUCAAAUAUUGGAACUAGAGUAACAGAUAAAUUCAUAGCUAAAGCCAGGCUUUUUAAAUGUCUGUUGCUUGGAUCUUUAAUUGCCUUUUGGGAAUACUUUCUCUUUUCUUGAGAAAUGACAUUACCGAGUCAGAACAAAAUGCUUUAGCCUUGUUCUUUUGGUUUGCACCCCUCUCCCCCCUUCAUGAAGUACAGCGGUAGGGAUAUUUUGAGCAAGACCUUUCAACAGCUGAUGCAUUUCUGUGGUCCAACAAAAAUGCUGAAGAGCAUUGGUCUCAGAUCUCUUUGUCCAUGGCAGACUACAUUUCAAGGGAUCCAGUGUAAAACCUGUAAAAGGUUAGUUUCUGCUCUGUCUAGCAGGCAGGCAACAAGUGUUUGUGAUUCUUUCAUCUCUCAUUAAGUUAACAGUGUUUGAAUCUGUCCAUCCCCACCUCCUUUUCAGACUCCACUUGUUAAACAUCCAUUUUGGCUCACGAGCUGCUGUUAACAUUCUGCAAUCAUUUAAUCCCAAACGCUCGCCUCUGACUUCAGAAUUCCUUACCUGUAUCACCCCUUUUCCAAACAGCUCUGAAGCAGUUUGCCCUGGUGUGGCUGGCGGAGGACGGACUGCGCUUUGCGAGUCUGACUUAACCAAGUUCCUCACAGAUGCUAACCCAGGAUAAGAAUCUCACUACAGAAGCUACUGCAAACUCACAAUGCAUCUCAACAACAGUUUCAAGCAGAUGUAGUAGACAAGAACCUGAAAGAAGAUCAUCAUCAAGGUGGUUCUGAAGUUCAUCCGAUUCCCUGCACAGUUCUGAGUCCCAAACAAGCUGUAGAAGUGAGUGCAACCAACUUUCUGAAGUGAGAGCUGAACAAGGGAUGCUACUGCUGGGAGACAAAUGGAGCAGGGACAGAAAGCGCACGUCUUUGCUGGAGAUAACGCGGAUAACACUGCUAGAGUUUUCUUCGGGAUUAAUACACCGAACAUCGGAAUCGAUACAGGUCUUUCAGUCUACUUUAAGAAGCGGUCAGACAGAAUGGCUCCAGUGAACCAGCCAAAGGACAAGAAGCAUGAGAGGGCACAUGAGCACUGGCCCGAAGAGGCAAAAUCAGCUGGGAAGAGGAAACUGGACCACAAGGAACUAGGGAAUGAGCCACUGGCAAAGAGGUUGUUUCUGAAAAAAACAUCCAAACCCCCAGAGAAAAUCGGUUGGAGCAGAGAUGGGUCUGUGGUGAGAAACAACAGAGUCCUUUUCCAUCAGCUGGAGCGGCAGUGCAGCAUUGUCCAUUAUGUCUACCAGAACAUGCUGGGAGGCUCCAUUCGGGCACAGCUCAGGCAGUGCUUGCAGCUGCCCUUUCUGCGUUCUCUUGCCUCGUACCGCCUCUUUCGAACAGCAAGUCCCUUUGACAGGAGAGUGACAUGCCUGGAAUGGCAUCCAACACACCCCAGUACUGUAGCUGUUGGUUCCAAAGGUGGAGACAUCAUCCUUUGGGACUAUGAAGUACUUACUAAAACCUGCUUCAUAAAAGGGAUGGGAGCUGGAGGGGCCAUCACAGGAAUGAAGUUUAACCCUUUUAACCCUAGUCAGCUGUACACUUCGUCAGUUGCCGGCACUACCACCCUGCAGGAUUUUAAUGGCAAUACUGUCCGGGUCUUCACCAGCACCGAGGACUGGGAUUGCUGGUAUUGCAGCGUUGAUGUUUCGGCAAGCUGCCGUGCAGUGGUGACGGGUGAUAACGUGGGCAAUGUGGUCCUGCUCAGCACUUCUGGUGAAGAGAUUUGGAAGCUGAAAUUGCACAGGAAGAAAGUGACUCAUGUGGAGUUUAACUCCCGAUGUGAGUGGCUGCUGGCCACAGCGUCUGUGGAUCAGACGGUCAAAAUCUGGGACCUCAGAAACAUCAAAAACAAGAUGAAUUUUCUUCACGUGCUUCCUCAUGACAAACCUGUCAAUGCAGCUUACUUCAGCCCAACAGACGGUGCCAAGCUCCUGAGCACAGACCAGCGCAGUGAAAUCAGGGUUUACUCAUCUUCAGACUGGACCAAGCCACAGCAUCUGAUCCCACAUCCACAUCGGCAGUUUCAGCACCUCACACCUAUCAAGGCAACGUGGCAUCCUCGCUAUGACCUCAUUGUGGCAGGGCGCUACCCAGACCCCAAGUUCCCAGGGUACACCGUGAACGAGCUACGAACUGUUGACGUAUUCGAUGGAAACACCGGGGAGAUGGUUUGUCAGCUCCAUGAUCCAAAUGCUUCUGGCAUCAUCUCGCUCAACAAAUUUAACCCUAUGGGAGACACGCUGGCUUCUGGCAUGGGCUUUAAUAUUCUGAUCUGGAGCCGGGAGGAGAUGGUGGCCAAGAAGCAAGAACAUCUUUUGAAAGCCAUGACAGAACAGGGGAUUGGAAGCUGGAGUUUGUCCAGACGUGGAGGGCAGAGGCAGGCAAACCCUGGGACAAGCAAACUCAAAGCUAACUUACUGUCUUGGGAGCUGGAAGAGAUGAGAACAAAAAGCAAUGAUUCUAAAUCACAGGGAAGGAAGCGAAAAGGGAAGGAUCUAGGGAACUGAUUGAGACUUUUUGGUCCUUUCUGGAUCACAGGGUACAAAUUCAGUGUUGGCAAUGGGCAGUAUAAGCCAUGCAGGGCAUUAGACGUCUACAUUGUCCUUCUCUAGAUCUGCUCUUGCUUCCCUGAGUCUCUGCUCCCCCUUCUAGAAAGUUGUGUCAGUACUCAGUUCUUCUUCCAAGUGGAGUUACCACCUGUUUUCUGAGGUGCUAGGAAAACUUCAGAGACGUUCUCAGAUCCUGCUGAAGUUCCUGCUUCCAGCCUGCCACGUCUGCUUUGCCAGCACUUAUCAGAGGUUACCUGUCUCCUGCAGUCUGCUGUGGAGCAGCUGGUGACGAGGUCCCCAGCCUGUUCUAGUCAAACCGAGCCGAGAAGCCCUUUGCUAACAAGAUCAAUGUCCUGAAAAGGUAGAAUGUUCAUAGGGGUGAGGCGGUGGGUAGCUUGGGGAACACCGACUUCCCCCGUAUGUCAGGCUUCUUGGAAAAUGCGCGUCUGUCAAGACCUCAGUCUUAACCUAUUCUGUGCUUGCAGCUCUUUAACUAGACCACAAAGAACAUGACGACGCCAGAGCUCUUUACCUGCCUCUUGGGAUGCAAGGGCACUAUGGAGCUGGGAACCUACCGAUUCUGUAGUUUCUCUAUUUCAUAGCUCUAGGCUUCCUCUUGCCACUGAUUAGGUAAUUUUUUUCACCCAUGCCUCUGUGCUUCAGAAUGUUGGAUAAAAGCAUUGUAAAGCAGAAAUGAGGAAUUUUUUCCAAACAUCCCUGCUCAGAGCCAAACCUCAAGACUGCUGUUAAACUGAAAAGUUUUGCUUUUUCUAGUUUGUUUACAAGGCUGCCUGGGGCCUUGCUGCUGUCCCAGAGGUUGAUGGAUGGGACGGGCUCCAGGCCUGUUCAGAUUCUCUGUGUUCACUUUUAUAGUUUCACAGUAUUGACUAUUAAUAAAGUUUUGUACUAAACUCAA